AUGGGCUCCGUGAUCGUGAAUCCUCUUCCGUCGAACCAGGUCGACUGUACAUAUACGACCAUGUUAGGAGGUGCGCGCAGCGCCAACUCGGUCUACUCACGCCCAUCGCACCCGAGUGCAGCUGCUCCAUCCGCGUCCGCCGUGGACGUCCACGCCAGAUCGAGAUCCUCCUCCGUCAAUACCACCCCCACCUCAACCGCCGCCCCGCCGACCACUGGCUCGGACUCUGCUCGGCUUCCCGCGUCUGCAAGCGAUAUCCCCGCCUACAUCAACUCCCAGACUCCUGUCAUCGUCUCCUCCCACCCCUCUUCCUCCUUCUCCUCCUCCUCCUCUUCUUCUUCUUCCGCUGCUGCCGUUGUCGCCGCCUCGUCUCACCUGCCCGCCGAAACGCCGGCUCACCAUCAGCCUCCACCAUCGAUGACCUCACAUUCACACUAUGGCAUUCCGCCCGAUCAUCCAUCCCAUUCCAAUGCGCACACCCCUCAGUAUUCUCAGCCGACCCCGACGACAACGGGCCACCCAGCCGCAUCGGCCGACGCCAUGACUGCGACAUCACACUCUUCGUCCCAUCCAUCGCCCGAUUCACCGCGCUUGCGACCGACCAUUCGUUCCAUGCAAUCCCUCGGAGGAUCCGAAGCCACCUCCCCCAGCCGGAUCCGCGUGCACAGUCUGUCACAUAUUCAGAGCCUCGCCAGUGAAGAGUUUCUGCACCAGAACCAUCGGUCGCACCUCUCAAGUCAUUCAUCGCACCCUCGUCAGUUCGAGAUCAGCUCCAUGCCCGUCACCGAUAUUAUCGAGAUGGUCGCCGGCCUUCUGACCAAGAUUACCACCACGAAUGACGAGCACCAUGAGCAUGUGCAUCGCCACAUUCCCCCUCCCGAUGGAACGAGUAACCUGAGUCCUCAAGCGACCAGCGUGCUCGCCUUUCACGGCAAGAAUGUCCCGAGCAUCACCAUCCUGAGCUACUUGACUCGCAUCCACAAGUACUGUCCCACUACCUACGAGGUCUUCCUCAGCUUGUUGGUCUACUUCGACCGCAUGACGGAAUUGGUGAACCAAUGCCAGCACGGCCUAGACCGGCAACAGCAUUAUGAUCAUACCCCGGAACACCUGUCACGGACUGCGUCGACCAACUCAGUCGGUGCGCAUACGCCGCAACACCACCAGGACUCCUCCAUAGUGACUCCACCAUCCUCCGCACGCAUGGCCGGGCAAGAUCCCAAUCCCGACUCCACCAUCUCGCCCGCGCUCCAUCCCCAGAAUGAAGACGAUCCGUUCUCCCAUUUCUUCGUCGUUGACAGCUUCAACAUUCACCGCCUGGUCAUCGCUGGAGUGACAUGUGCCAGUAAAUUCUUUUCCGAUGUCUUCUACACCAACUCGCGAUACGCAAAGGUUGGAGGACUACCUCUGGUGGAACUCAACCACCUCGAGCUUCAAUUUCUCAUGCUGAAUGACUUCCGACUGGCCAUCUCGGUUGAAGAGCUUGAGUCCUACGGGACCAUGUUGGUUGAAUUCUAUGCUCGCGAGGUCAUUGCGCAACAGCAGGCCCAUCAUCAGCAAUCUGUGCCUCGUCCCAUCAAUUCUCGCUCGGAUUCUGCCUCCGAGGCGAUGUACAUGCGAUCUCGUGACAAGCGCCGAGAUCCAGAUAACUUUGGCCAGACACCUACUCCGCCCUAA